AUGUCCACCCAAGCUUCCCACUUCCUUCGCCUGCCUGUUGAACUUCGCCUCAUCAUCUACGACUACGUUUUCCACGACCCGGACGCAGCAUCUCUCUUGCACUCACUCACCUAUGUGUCGGAACAAGUUAGCGAAGAAGUCAUGCCCAUCUUAUUGCGUCUUAACUCAGGCUAUUUCUGGACAGCAAUUCCUUGUGACGAAGAGUGGCAUAUGGCUAUACAGCCACGCAAGAAGAUCUGGAAAUUGCGCCUGAUAAAUGUGAGCGAGAAGCCCCUGGAUGCGAUGCCUAAAAUGGACACCACAAGUACUUUCCACUUGUUCGUGGGUCGUCAGAUGAAGGGACUCAGUGAUUUCUGCGACAGAUUGAGCAAGAACAACUUGAUUCGAAGAGUUGCUCCAGGGUAUGGCCUGGAGGACAAGGACCAGCAAGAUGGUGUAAAGUGA